GGCACCGAUCCCGGUCCCACCAUGGCGCCGCGCGACUACGCCGCCGAGAAGGAGAAGGCGAAGCGGUUUCUGCAGGAUUUCUACCGCGAUGGCGCCGACGGCGGCAAGGAGUUCCCGUACCGGGAGCAGCUGACGGCGCUGGCGCACCGGGAGCGCGUGGCACUGUACGUGGCGCUGGACGACGUGGCCGAGGACGACCCCGAACUGGCCGAGGCCGUCUGCGACAAUGCCAAGCGCUACGGCCGCCUCUUCGCCGACGCCGUCCAUGAGCUGUUGCCGCUCUACAAGGAGCGCGAGGUGUCCCGCAAGGACGUGCUGGACGUGUACAUCGAGCACCGGCUGCUGCUGGAGCAGCGGGGCCGGGAUGCAGGGGACACCCGCAGCCCCCAGAAUCAGUACCCCCCCGAGCUGCUGCGGCGCUUCGAGCUGUACUUCAAGGCCCCCUCCACCGCCAAAGCCCGUGUGGUCCGUGACGUCAAGGCCGACUGCAUUGGGAAGCUGGUGACUGUCCGCGGCAUCGUCACCCGUGUCACCGAGGUCAAGCCCAUGAUGGUGGUGGCCACCUACAGCUGCGACCAGUGCGGGGCCGAGACCUACCAGCCCAUCCAGUCGCCCACCUUCAUGCCGCUGCUGAUGUGCCCGAGCCGCGAGUGCCAGACAAACCGCUCGGGGGGGCGGCUCUACCUGCAGAGCCGCGGCUCCAAGUUCAUCAAGUUCCAGGAGCUGAAGAUGCAGGAGCAUACCGACCAGGUGCCGGUGGGACACCUUCCCCGCUCCAUCAGCGUGGCUGUGCACGGGGAGAACACACGCCUGGCCCAGCCCGGGGACCACGUCAGCGUCACCGGCGUCUUCCUGCCCCUGCUGAAGACCGGCUUCCGCCAGAUGGCCCAGGGCUUGCUCUCUGAGACCUACCUGGAGGCCCACUGCAUCGUGAAGAUGAACAAGAGCGAGGAGGACGAGUCGGGGGCCGGGGACCUGAGCGAGGAGGAGCUCCGGCAGAUCACAGAGGAGGACUUUUAUGACAAGCUGGCCGCCUCCAUCGCCCCCGAGAUCUAUGGCCACGAGGAUGUGAAGAAGGCGCUGCUGCUGCUGCUGGUGGGCGGCGUGGAUCGCAACCCCCACGGCAUGAAGAUCCGAGGAAACAUCAACAUCUGCCUCAUGGGUGACCCCGGUGUGGCCAAGUCGCAGCUCCUGUCCUACAUCGACCGCCUGGCACCCCGCAGCCAGUACACGACAGGCCGGGGCUCCUCCGGCGUGGGGCUGACGGCGGCCGUGCUGCGGGACCCGCUGACUGGGGAGCUGGCGCUGGAGGGGGGUGCGCUGGUGCUGGCCGACCGGGGCGUCUGCUGCAUUGACGAGUUUGACAAGAUGCUGGAGGCCGACCGCACGGCCAUCCACGAGGUGAUGGAGCAGCAGAGCAUCUCCAUCGCCAAGGCAGGCGUGCUGGCCACCCUCAAUGCCCGCUGCGCCAUCUUGGCUGCCGCCAAUCCCGCCUACGGCCGCUACAACCCCAAGCGCAGCCUGGAGCACAACAUCCAGCUGCCCGCCGCCCUCCUCUCCCGCUUCGACCUGCUCUGGCUCAUCCAGGACCGCCCUGACCGCGACAACGACCUGCGCCUGGCCCAGCACAUCACCUAUGUGCACCAGCACAGCCGCCAGCCCCCCUGCUCCUUCCAGCAGCUCGACAUGAAGCUGAUGAGGCGCUACAUUGCCAUGUGCAAGCGGAAGCAGCCAGUGGUGCCGGAGGCUUUGGCCGACUACAUCACGGCCGCCUACGUGGAGAUGCGGAAGGAGGCGUGGGCCAGCAAGGACACGACCUACACCUCGGCGCGCACCUUGCUGGGCAUCCUCCGCCUGGCCACUGCCCUGGCCCGGCUGCGGCUGGUGGACGUGGUGGAGAAAGAGGAUGUGAACGAGGCCAUGAGGCUCAUGGAGAUGUCGAAGGACUCGCUGCUGGGGGACAAGGGACAGCAGAGCCGGGUGCAGCGUCCGGCCGACGCCAUCUUUGCGGCAGUGCGGGAGCUGGCGGGGGGCCGGGCUGUGCCCUACGCCGAGGCCUUGCAGCGCUGCUUGGCCAAGGGCUUCACCCCUGCCCAGGUCCAGGCUGCGCUCCAGGAGUACGAGGAGCUCAACGUGCUGCAGGUCAAUGCCGCCCGCACCCGCAUCACCUUUGUCUGAGGGGGGGGAACACGGGGGGGGAUGCCCUACAGCCCCCCUGCAGGGCAGGGGGGAUGCACAGGGAUGCAGUUGCUGUCACCGGACACAGGGACACAUCCUGUGUCUCUCCGCUGGCUCCCGUGGGCUUCCACCUGCCCCAGCCCCGCUCCCCUCAUUAAAGCA